GACCAGGAACAAAACGUGGACACUAAAAGAAAUGACGCAGACGAUAUCCGAGCUGCAGAAGGACAACUUUAACCUGCGCAUGCGUAUAUGCUUCCUCAAGCAUGAGGGCGGCUCGCAGAAGUGCAGCAGUUGUACAGAACAGAUUUACAACGCGGCAGAGGAGCGUUUCCCAGUGGCGACGCAGCAAAACUUAGACGAGCUGAGCAGGUGCAGAGAGGAACUGGAGAAGAUGGAAGCGCUUUUCCAUCAAGAGAAGACGCUCCGCCUACAGCUAGAGAACCAGCUACAAGCCUACACAUUACAAGACCCGCCCUCUGAGGAUCAGAGCCAAUCAGAGGAAACCAUUGAAGAGCUGCACAGGUACAUAGAACAGCUGCAGGGGGAGCUCAAGGCUCAGAACACCAUAAUCAAUCAGCUGAGGAACAGGAGCACCAAUCAGAGCAGUGGACACCAGCCUGGCCACGCCCACAACUCCACACUCACCACCCUGAAAGAGGAUGACAUACGUGAUCUGAAGAACUUGUUGGAGUUGAAAGACUCUGAGCUGCAUGAGACCAAAAUCAAACAUGAGGCCAGUAAAAACGACCUCCAACAGGCCCUGAAGGACAAAGAGAAACAGAUUCAGGGGCUGCAUGACAUUCUGGAAGGUCACAUCCAGGAUCUAGCUGAGAAAGAUGCUGCGCUAGCAGAGACCACAUCAGAGCUGAAUAAUCUGGAAUCUGAUGUGGGCAAACUCAUUCUACAGCUUGAGAACAGAAAGCAGCAGCUCCAGCUCAUGUCUGGGCAGCUACAGGAGAGUGUGAGAGAAAGUCAGCUCCUGAAACAACGCCUGAGAUACACAGAGGCCUUCACACAUCCUACAUACCAGAUCCAAGCAGUGGAGCAGCAUAUGUUGGAGAUUCAUGAACUGAAACCAACACUGCUGGAGACUAUCAGGAGGACCCAGGACCUGUACAGACAUCUGCAGGCCGCUGAGCGAGCUUCAGUAAAGAAGGACCAUUCUGGGAGGAACAGUGGCAGUGUGUGCAAGAGCAGCUUCAGAUCAGUGAUCAAAGCGUUGAUCUGCUGCUCAGAUCCUGCCCAGCCCUGCCUCUCCUCCAGGGCCCAUGUUCAUGGCCUCCACGUCCUGGUUCCACGUGAGAACUAUGACACGCUGCUGGAACAGAUGUGUGAGGGGAGGGGUCUGAUCAGUCACGCAAGCGAACUGAUCCAGCAACGCCUGCAGACCCACGGCCGACAUCACAUGCAGCCAGUGGACCAGAACCUGCUCAGAAGCCUCUUAUACAUCAUCAAUGUCACUCAGACAACUCUAGAAGAGGCCAGUAAACUGUUGACAUCUUUAUCAGAUGUCUCUAAAGAACAGAACCAUGACGGAGAAAGAGAUGAUUUCUGCCAUCAUGAAAACCUCAAAAUGAAGAACAAGCUGAAGAAACCAAAACUAGAGAAAUCAUAUAAGAUGAAUAAGAUGCUUUCAAAGGCUGUCAAAACACUACGGCGAUUCAAACGUUGAGCAACACUGACAUUAAAAUGAUCUCCUGUGAUUAUUUUCUCUGUGAUGGUCAUAUUCCACCCCUCUAUCAUCCAUCAGUCUGUGCACCAUCAUACAUUCACUCUUUCAUUGUUGUUGUUUUUAGUAAUUAAAAUAAAAUAAGUGUUGAAAUAAAACUACAUUCUGAGUAUAGAUUUUUUUCAAACUUAUUGAUGAUUCUUCAUUAUGAUUUAAUUUUUCUACACCCUUACAUACUAAUAAUUAAAAAUUGGACAAUUCCAUGCAACAUUUAUUUAUUAGAAUGAAUUUUGAAUGUCCAAAAAUAAUAGCAUUCUGCAGCAGUCAAGGCAAACUUGCAAAAAGUCAGCAAGUUUAUUUCUUUUAAAGAUCCUUAAGAGACUCAAAAUUAUGCAAGUACAACAAAACUGUGCAAGUAUAAAAGCAAUGUAGGAAAAAUAAAUAAAUUUAGCUAAAUCAAAAUAAAUUCAACAAUACCUCUUGAUAGUUUUUCCUCAUGUGAAACGCUUCUACAUCACUAAAUCAGGGUUUUGUAGUCUCAAAGUUAUAGCUACUAUAAUAGUUUGCUAAAUGAGUAGAAAUUAAAUAAUUUUCACACAUCAGGGACGUUUAUUGCUACGCUAAAUUCAGUAUCAUAAGUAUCAAAGUGAUCACAAGUCAUAGUUAUAAACCACAAUGAGGAAAUAGUCUUUUUUAUCCCUCUUACAACUGGGUUUAGGCUACAAUUUAUUAUGUAGUGAUUCAGAUACAGUAAAAUAAACAAGUGAUAAUAUCAGGAGGGAAGCUUAAGCCUGACCAAGUAUGUCUGGUUUAGUAAAUGUGACUGUGUAGACCCGUAAUAUAUUAUUAUUAUUAUUAUUGUUAUUAUUAAUUUAAUUACCAUCAAAGCAAUUGCUUGGCAUGUUUAAAAAGUAUCUAGAAUGCUAGUAAAGCUCUUCAUUUGCUUGCUCACGUCUUUGCACAAAACACGUGUUCUUUUCAUUCAUAAAAUAACAAAAUAUGCAAGCAAAUGGAUGUUACUCCUGUAGCAGGGGUGAAUAAGGGACAAGACCCUCCUUUCUUAGAGUCCACAGAUUCUGUUUGAAGAACGAAGAGUUAAUGGCUUUGAGUGACAGCAAUUCUCACCAAGGUGUGAAGGGGGAAGGGGAGGCGAAGCUAUCAAAUGACUUCACAACCAAUGUCCAAGCACGAGCGGCGUGAUU